CCUGUUUGACUUCUUGCUGUAGCUGUCACAAUGGCCGAGACCGCUCCGGUCACUCAGCCUGCCUCUGCUGCGCCCGAGAAGCCCGCUCCUGCCAAGAAGGCGGCAAAAAAGCCCGCGAAGACGGGGUCGGCCUCCAAGAAGCCAGCUGGUCCCUCCGUGUCGGAGCUGAUAGUCCAGGCUGUUUCCAGCUCCAACGAACGCAGCGGGGUCUCCCUGGCCGCGCUCAAGAAGGCGCUGGCGGCCGCCGGCUACGAUGUGGAGAAGAACAACAGCCGCAUCAAGCUGGGGCUCAAGAGCCUGGUGAGCAAGGGCACCCUGGUCCAAACCAAGGGCACCGGCGCCUCCGGCUCCUUCAAGCUCAACAAGAAGGCGGCUUCCGGGGAAGUAAAGUCUAGCUCUGGAAAGGCUACUGGAAAAGCGAAGGCCACCAGCGCGCCUAAGAAGCCGAAGAAAGCUGCGGCAGCUGUUGCGAAAAAGGUCACAAAGUCUCCAAAGAAAGCGAAGAAGCCCGCCGGGGCAGCCAAGAAGACCUCAAAGAGCCCCAAGAAACCCAAAGUCGUGAAGCCCAAGAAAGUGAUCGCCAAGAGCCCUGCCAAGGCUAAGGCUGUGAAGCCCAAAGCCGCUAAGGCAAAGGUUACUAAACCCAAGGCUGCCAAACCCAAGAAGACGGCACCCAAGAAAAAGUAAAGUUCUGGUUGGAAGCUGCUUCCAGUAACCCAACGGCUCUUUUAAGAGCCACCUACGUGGUUGCAGUUGAGA